AUGGCUUCUUUUUCUCUAACUCAUCAGUCAUCUAAUUCUUAUUCUUCUUCGGUGUUCUUUAGUGCUAUUUUUUUUCUUGUCUUCAUUGUUUCUUUCUCUAAUGCUCAACCAGCUUCUUCAUCUCGACCUCAAGGAGUUGUACUUCCAGUAACUAAAGAUUCCUCAACUCUUCAGUAUCUGACAUAUAUUAAGCAAGGAACUCCUCUAGUCGCUGAAAGCCUAGUUGUUAAUUUGGCUGGUGAAAUCCUAUGGGUUGAUUGUCAGGAAGGCUAUGUUUCAUCAUCUAACCGCUCCCUCAAUUGCCUCGGAAGCGAGUGCCUAAAGCUUCAGAAAAUUUCUAAAUCAUGUGGACCCUAUUCUGACCCUAUCAUGUGGACACUGUGUCCAGAUGUAACGGUUCGUAAUUUUUCAUUCGGUUGCGGAUCAACUUCUCUCUUAAAGGGGCUUGCGGAGAGGGUUAAAGGAAUGGCUGGUUUCGGACCUUUCGCAGUUUCAGUUCCUUUACAGCUUUCAUUGUCCUUUCGUAUCCCAAGAGUAUUUGCAAUGUGCCUGCCAUCAUCAACAUCAUCCAAAGGUGUCAUAUUUAUUGGUGGGGGACCUUACAUAAUGCAACCAGGAAAUGAUCUCUCAACUUCACUUACCUACACACCAUUCUAUACUAAUCCUAUUGCGUUUUCAACAUCAGAAUAUUACAUUCAAGUAAACUCAAUCAAAAUCCGCGAAGCAAAAAUUCCAAUGUAUAGCAAUUCUACCGAGUAUCGGUUCCGUAUACUAACUACUAUUAACACCUUAAUUCCUUACACUGUUAUGCGCACAUCAAUUUAUAAUCAAUUCACUAGCAUAUUUAGCGAGCAAGCUAAAGCUAUGAAUAUUCCUAGAGUGGCUCCGGUAGCACCGUUUGGCACUUGUUUUGAUUCAAGGAAUAUUUCAGGUUCAUGCAUGGGCGCUGUUGUGCCAGUGAUCAGUCUCGUCUUGCAUAAAGAGAAUAUAGUUUGGAAGAUAUUCGGACCAAAUUCUAUGGUGAGGGUUAGUGAUGAAGUAUCGUGUUUGGGAUUCGUCCAUCGAGGUAAUGACGCAAACAUGCUAGUUAUUGGUGGGUAUCAGUUGGAAGACAAUCUGUUGGAGUUCAAUCUUGCUAAAAUGAGGUUGGGAUUUACUACAACACUUGGUAGACGUAGACAAACAAGUUGCUCUAACUUCGAUUUCCAAUAA